AUGAGCGCGCCACCUCUGUCCCAGGCUGGGCCUAUCCCAGAAGGACACAGUUUCUACGUGAGUUAAGACCACUAAGGCUGGGAAAAUAAAUUCUGAUAAAAAAGAAUCCUACUGAGUCGAUCUCUCGGGCUACAUCGGUCACCAACAAAGAGUUAGUCAUCUUUGCUAAAAUCGGCUUUCUAUAGUUGUCAUACUAACUAUGUACAGGUGUACACAGGGUCCUGAGGAAUCCGUACCAGUCGAAAUCCCCAUCGAUCUAGUAAGCUAUGCAAAGUACCUUAGCGAAGAUGCUCGAGUUACCCAGCUUCGUGGUAAGUUUUCCGGAUAUUCUACUCUGAAUAUCAUUGACCCUAGAGAACUCGAUCAAAUGUUUAGAAAAAUGGCAGGAGAGACUCUUAGCCAUGCUUGUAUUCCUACGGAAAUGGUCAAGUUUCUGGCUAGCAUUACACGAGGGUUGAUUCGUAAGUUUUAAGUGUAUCUCAAGCCAGUUCUUCAUCUGACUAUCUACCUUAGAACUUGUUGUAGAACUACAAGCAAAGGUUGGCCAUUUCGAAAUGAGCCACCCACAAGGGAAUCAAGACACCUUCCAAUCCGUGAAUUUUAUGCGUAGUAAGUUUUAUAACUUGUUCCCAUUUUUCCCUCUAGCUAAUUAG